AUGCUGAAAAAAAUCAGACGACGGGUCAAAAUCAUCGUCACCAAGCCCUUCCGUCCAAAACCCCGAAAAACCCCUCCGGCGCCGCCGCCUCCCUCCUCCACCCCGCCGCCGCCUAUCCCCGACGCCAUGUCGCCGCCGCAGACCUGGCCCAACCCGUUCCUCUUCCCGCAGACCCAUUCCGCAGUCCUCCCCGACCCGUCCCCGUUCUUCGCUCCCGAUCUCCUCUCCGCCCCCCUUCCGACCAACUCCUUCUUCCAGAACCUCGUCCUCAAAAACGGCGACCAGCCGGAAUACCUCCACCCUUACCUCGUCCGAUCAUCGGAGUCCAAGCUCACGAUCUGCUACCCGUCCCUGUCCGAAAACACCUCCGCCUUCUUCUACCAGAUCUUCGUCGCCGACAUCAUCGUCUCCACCGUGAAAAACCCCAAUCCGUCCGCGACCCACAUGAUUUCCAAGUUCAACGACCUGAGCGUCACCCUCGAUUUCCCGUCGACCGGCCUCAGAUUCUACCUCGUCCGUGGAAGCCCCUUCGUGACCUGCAAAAUCCGCCACAAGACCGCGCUCUCAAUUUCGACCGUCCACGCGAUUCUAGCCCUAAUUCCCAACGGCAGCCGCACCAGGUACACAAUCAAGCUGAACAAUUCUCAGACAUGGCUGCUAUACGCCUCUUCCUCCAUAGACUUAUCAAGCUCCGACGUGAACACCAUUAUUUCUACCGAUUUUUCCGGUUUGAUUCGAAUAGCUGCUCUGCCUAACGACGACCCAAAAUCCGAAUCCGUUCUCGAUCGGUUCAGCUCCAGCUAUCCUGUCAGCGGCGAAGCCCUUUUCGACAGACCUUUCAGCAUUAGUUACAGAUGGGACAAGAGAGGCUGGGGAGAUCUGCUAAUCCUUGCCCACCCUCUCCACCUCCGAUUCCUCUCAGAAAACGACUCCUCCUCGAUUUCCGUUCUCCAUGAUUUUAAGUACAACAGCGUUGAUGGCGAGCUCGUGGGCAUUGUAGGCGAUUCUUGGGUCCUCAAAACCGAGCCCAUUUCCAUAACCUGGCAUUCGAUUAAGGGGAUUAAAAAUGAAUGCUAUUCGGAAAUUACAGAUGCUCUUGAUAAGGAUGUCGAGGCACUCAACUCCAGCUCAAUAUCCACCACAUCAUCCUAUUUCUACGGGAAGUUGAUAGCUCGGGCCGCCAGGCUGGCGCUAAUAGCCGAAGAAAUUUCUCAUCCCAUUGUGAUCCCGGUUAUUAAGAACUUCUUGAAGGAGACAAUCGAGCCCUGGUUGGAGGGCACUUUCGGUAGUAACGGUUUUUUGUACGAUUCGAAAUGGGGUGGGAUCGUGACCAAACAAGGGUCCUUUGAUUCGGGUGCCGAUUUUGGAUUUGGGCUUUUCAACGACCACCAUUACCACAUAGGCUACUUCCUCUACGCGAUUGCCGUGCUCGUCAAAAUUGACCCUUCUUGGGGGAGAAAGUACAAGCCUCAAGCCUACUCGUUAGUGGCCGAUUUCAUGAACAUGAAGAGAAAAGGGAAUUCGGGUUAUCCUCGGCUGAGAUGUUUCGAUUUGUACAAGCUGCAUUCUUGGGCGGGCGGGCUUACCGAAUUUGCAGACGGACGUAAUCAAGAAAGUACAAGCGAAGCUGUGAAUGCUUACUAUUCGGCAGCUCUAAUGGGGCUGGCUUAUGGUGAUACCCAUCUCGUGUCAACUGGGUCGACUCUAACUGCUUUUGAAAUCGAGGCUGCGAAAAUGUGGUGGCACGUGAGGGAGGACAGUAGUAAUAAUUUGUAUCCUAAGGAGUUUGUGAGGGAAAAUUGUGUGGUGGGGGUGUUGUGGUCCAGCAAAAGGGACAGUGGGCUUUGGUUUGCGCCUCCCGAGUGGAGGGAAUGUAGGCUCGGGAUUCAGCUGCUGCCUCUUUUGCCAGUGAGUGAGGUGUUGUUUUCUGACGUUCGGUUUGUGAAGGAGCUCGUGGAGUGGGUUUUGCCGGCUUUGAAUAGGGAAGGAGUUGGGGAAGGUUGGAAGGGUUUUGUAUAUGCGUUGAGAGGAGUUUAUGAUAUUGAAGGGGCUCUCGAGAGUAUUCGGAAUUUGAAAGGGCACGAUGAUGGGAAUUCUUGUUGGAUGACUGUUUCUUGGUGA